UCCUCAGAACAAACGUUUAAAACGUGUGUGGGUGCAGCGAUGUAAAACGGUCAUGAGAUCGUUCCAGUGGAAUGAACACAGACGAUUGUGUAGUGAGCAUUUUGUUGGCUUCAGAGGACCUUCAUUCCAGCAUACACUUCCAUCUAUGUUUCCAACUGAGACUGGUGCUACCAAAACCUUCCAGCCAACGCUCCUUGAUGAAGACGUAGGUGAUGAUGAUGAUGGUGAUACGGUCAAUGACGAUUUAGACCUAGAACUGUCAAAUGAUGAUAGUAUACAGCCACAACUGUCAUUUGUAUCCCCUUCCGGGCAUGCCAUUGAUACCUCUGUCCACCUGCAUGAUUACUGCAUGGGACCAGUACUACAGCCACAGAAUCAGUCCUUUAGAUGUUGUGACACACAGACUGAGAACAACUGUGCAGUGAUGGAAGUACAAACUGAAGAAAGUUUCCUGGGAAAAACAGCAGACUUCAGUUCACAAACAGAACAUUCUACUAGAGACUUUGGUGUACAAUGUCAGCUACCUAUGCUCACAUAUGAUGACGUAAAAUACAAUGACGAUUUGGUCAGUUUUUACACCGGAAUCCCUAAUCGAGUUGUGUUUGAAGCUUUGUUUGAUGAAAUCAAGGAUGAAGCUGAAGUGCGGACAUCAAGGCGGAAACUUAACUAUAAAGAUUCAGAUGGAGGACGGCCAAGAACUCUAAGUGUUCUGGAUGAAUUUUUCAUGGUGCUGAUGCGCCUACGUCUAGGUCUGUUAUUUGAAGAUCUAGGUACUAGGUUUUGCAUAUCCACUUCACAAUGUAGUGACAUUGUUGAAAGAUGGAUCAACUAUUUACAUGUACAAUUAUCCUUUCUUGUUCAAUGGCCAUCUCGUGAGGUAGUGAAAAAUAACAUGCCUGAACAAUUUAAAGAGAAAUAUUCUAACACUAGAAUUAUUAUCGACUGCACUGAAAUUUACAGUGAAACAUCCAGUUCUCUUUCUUUGAAAAGUUUAAUGUACAGUGAUUACAAGUCUCACAUGACUCAUAAGAUUUUGGUGGGUAUAAGCCCAAAUGGUGUUGUAACUUUUGUUUCUGACUGUUGGGUGGGCUGUACCAGUGACAAGAAACUCACAGAAAAAUGUGGACUCUUGGACUUGCUUGAAGAAGGAGACGCCAUAAUGGUUGAUAAGGGUUUCACUAUUACAGACCUUACUACUCCAAGAGGCAUUCAUCUCAUUAUUCCACCAUUUAAACAGAAAGGAAAACAAUUCUCUAAACGUGAGGUUCUCCUUACAAAAGAUAUUGCAAGUUUACGAAUACAUGUUGAAAGGCAAAUGGAGAGAAUCAAGAACUUUCGAAUAUUGCAUGGCAAUAUUCCUAUAACACAGUCAAGGAGAAUUUCUAAAGUGUUCAAAAUAUGCACAUAUUUGACAAAUCUAUGGCCACCACUUGUUCAAUAAUAACUCAUGUGUCAAUGAAAGCGUUUGUAUAUAUCAAGCAUUAGAUUUAGGGAUAAAAACUUGUAUACUUCUAACUAGAACAAUGAAAUUACAAUUUUGUUUUAAAAUCAUUUUUUCGAGCAAGUUAUAUGAUAACAUAUGAGAUUACACAUUUGAUUCAGGUUUGACA